GGAGCGGGCGUGGCCUGACUCUGCGCCUGUGCCGAAUUCCGGCUGCGACUGCUGAGGGAGAAAAUGAUGCCCAGGUUGGGCUCCCCGGCCCACCGGCCGAGGAGAGGCCUGCGCUGCACACGCGCAGACCGAGCAUCCGCGUCAAGAGGCGAAGAGAGCGCGCGCUCCCCACGUCCUGCGCGCCUGGCUGCCAGGCAUUCGUCUCAGCCGUGACUCUCGCCAGGCCGGGGCUGGCGCGCGCCCACGUCUGAAGAGCGAUGCCCCGGGAGAUCAUCACCCUGCAGCUGGGCCAGUGCGGCAACCAGAUUGGGUUCGAGUUCUGGAAACAGCUGUGCGCCGAGCAUGGUAUCAGCCCCGAGGGCAUCGUGGAGGAGUUCGCCACCGAGGGCACUGACCGCAAGGACGUCUUUUUCUACCAGGCAGACGAUGAGCACUACAUCCCCCGGGCGGUGCUGCUGGACCUGGAACCCCGGGUGAUCCACUCCAUCCUCAACUCCCCCUAUGCCAAGCUCUACAAUCCAGAGAACAUCUACCUGUCGGAACAUGGAGGAGGAGCUGGCAACAACUGGGCCAGCGGAUUCUCCCAGGUGUCCAGGCGACCAUUCCAGAGACCUUUGAUAUUCCCAUCCAGAGGCAAGGGUGAGAAAAUUCAUGAAGACAUCUUUGACAUCAUAGACCGAGAAGCAGAUGGAAGUGACAGUUUAGAGCUCCAGAACAGCUCCAGAGUGAUAAAGGUACCCCAAGAAGCUAGUGCAGACUUACUCAGUGUUUCCCUACCAGGACGAGAUGAGCGACGUGGUGGUUCAGCCCUACAAUUCACUCCUGACACUCAAGAGACUGACGCAGAACGCAGACUGUGUGUGUGCCUCCCUCCACGAGACUGUAAGCCUAAUGAAGGGAAAGACGGUGCCUGUUCCUCUCUGUGGUCUCCCCAGAGCCAGGCACAGUGUAUGGCACAUGUGGUGCUGGACAACACAGCCCUGAACCGGAUUGCCACAGACCGCCUGCACAUCCAGAACCCGUCCUUCUCCCAGAUCAACCAGCUGGUGUCCACCAUCAUGUCGGCCAGCACCACCACCCUGCGCUACCCUGGCUACAUGAACAAUGACCUCAUCGGCCUCAUCGCCUCGCUCAUUCCCACCCCACGGCUCCACUUCCUCAUGACCGGCUACACCCCGCUCACUACGGACCAGUCAGUGGCCAGUGUGAGGAAGACCACGGUCCUGGAUGUCAUGAGGCGGCUGCUGCAGCCCAAGAACGUGAUGGUGUCCACAGGCCGAGACCGCCAGACCAACCACUGCUACAUCGCCAUCCUCAACAUCAUCCAGGGAGAGGUGGACCCCACCCAGGUCCACAAGAGCCUGCAGAGGAUCCGGGAACGGAAGUUGGCCAACUUCAUCCCGUGGGGCCCCGCCAGCAUCCAGGUGGCCCUGUCGAGGAAGUCUCCCUACCUGCCCUCGGCCCACCGGGUCAGCGGGCUCAUGAUGGCCAACCACACCAGCAUCUCCUCGCUCUUUGAAAGUUCCUGCCAGCAGUUUGACAAGCUGCGGAAGCGGGAUGCCUUCCUCGAGCAAUUCCGUAAGGAGGACAUGUUCAAGGACAACUUUGAUGAGAUGGACAGGUCUAGGGAGGUUGUUCAGGAGCUCAUUGAUGAGUACCAUGCGGCCACCGAGCCAGACUACAUUUCCUGGGGCACCCAGGAGCAGUGAUUUCCCUCCCCACUACUCCUUCUCCUUCUGGAUGGGAACCACAGCCUCGACCAUGCCUGCUCCCUCUGACCCAAUUUCACCUCAUGGACAACCCUUCUUGGUUCAUCUCCAGCCCAUGAGCUGGUCCUGCUUCCUCCCUUCCAUGCCCUAACUCUUAAUAUGCUUGUUCAGCUCUAAUAAAGUAAUAAAGCUUGGUUGUCAGUAUA